AUGCCGAUCAUUUAUGGCGAAGGCGAUCAUGCUUUCGUUCGUUUGCGGGAGGAGACAGCAAAGCAGAUUGCCGAGUGCGAGAGGCAUCACGAGAGAAGGACAAAAUUGACGUAUGCGCUUCACAGUCUGCCCAUAAGCCCUUCAGCGGCCUUCGACUCCCGGCAACAGCGAGGCCGAGAUACGUGUCUCGAGGGCACCAGGUCCGUGCUUCUCCAGGACAUCGUCGCAUGGGCUGACGGUCCAAGAGGAUCUAUUUACUGGCUCAAUGGAGCCGCAGGCGGGGGCAAGUCUACGAUCGCUCGCACGGUGGCUAAGAUGUUUCACGACCGAGGUAGCUUGGGAGGCAGUUUUUUCUUCAACAAAGGUGGCGGCGAUGCUAGCAAAGCUAGCCGACUUUUCACAACUCUUGCUUCGCACCUGGCGAGUAGAGUACAUCCACUACGAAGCCACAUCUGCAAUGCUAUCGAAGAAUUCCAGACCCGGACACAGCAGACCAUUCACGACCAAUGUGAGCAUUUGAUCAUUCGUCCAUUAUCGCAGCUGGAUCGCGACAUCUCACCCUUCACUGUGGUGCUGGUCAUCGAUGCGCUAGAUGAAUGCGAAAGCGACCAAGACAUCGGGAUCAUCGUCAGGCUCCUGCCCAGGGUCGCAGAGUUGAGCAAUAUACGCUUGCGAAUCUUCAUCACCAGCCGGCCCGAAGUGUUUGCACGAUUCGCUCCACAGCGCACGAGUCUGGCGGGUUGCGACGAUCAAGUCUUCUCCAACGUUGCACCUACACUGGUGGACAAAGACCUGUCACUCUACUUCGAAGCAAGUUUCAGCACUGUGAGAGAAGAAUUCGGGCUAGUUCCGAGCUGGCCAGGUGGUAGGACAAUGGCUAAGCUGGUCGAGCUGUCCAACGGCUCCUUCAUCUCGGCUUCGACUGCGUGCCUGGCCAUCAGGGACGGCGGCUGCGAGGCCCUUGACCGCAUCACAAGGCUCACUGAUGACCAGCGCUCUGAAGAAGGCCCUCGGACGCAUUUGGAUCGGAUCUACGAAGCCAUGCUAAGGGACGCAGUGCCAUCCGAGUCCGAUCAUCAUGCGCGGGUUGAUUUCUGCCAGCAAUUGCGACGACUUCUGGGCACCAUCGCCAUAGCAUACUCUCCGAUGACUGCACGAUCGCUGGCCACCCUUUUGGACGUUGAUUAUCAGACGGUGACAACUUCCCUUGCGCAGCUCCGAACCAUUCUUGAAUUACCACAAGAUGACAAGGGACCAAUCUGCCUUCGUCAUCCGACAUUUCGGGAAUUCCUUCUCGACGAAACCAGGUGCACCGACAUGGACUUCUGGGUGGAUGAAACUGGAGCUCAUUAUGAACUCACCCGACACUGCAUCAGAGUUAUGUCUGGCCUUCUAAGACGAGACAUCUGCCAUCUCAAUCUUCCGGGCAGUCCUGCUGUGGAGAUUGAUCAUUCACGACUCGACAGGCUUUUGCCUCCUCAUCUUCGGUACGCAUGUUUACACUGGGUCAGGCAUUGCCGAGACAGUAAAGGGCAUCCACGCGACGGCGGCAUUAUACACCGCUUCAUGCAGACUCACUUUCUCCAUUGGCUCGAAGCAUUUUCCUUGAUGGGCCGGAGUGCGGAGAUGGACAUAAUCUUGAGGAUGUACCAGGCUCUUCUGAUCCCUGCAGAAAAUCCUUUACAAGUACUGUUCAUCAAAGAUGCCAGACGCUUCGAAUAUGCAUUCCAGUCAAUGAUGACCGAGGCACCCCUUCAGCUGUACUGUGCUGCCCUGAUGUUCGUCCCACCAUCCAACAGCCUGCGGCAACGCUUCUUUGACCAACUACAUCUUUCUCUGGAUCAGGCUCGAGUGGUACACGCUGAUGCGCCCGAGAUGAAAGACGAGUAUAACUUUGUCAACGACGUGGCAUUCACGCCUGAUGGACAGCAUCUGGUAUCAGGAUCUUUAUCUGACUGGGUGAGAGUGUGGAAUGUCGACACGAGAGCACCCUUUACGAAGUUUGACGGCCAGAGAGACAAAAUUAGCUCCGUUGCCGUAUCUCCAGAUGGUUCCAGUAUUGCCUCGGGCUCGGACGACACUACCGUCCUGGUAUGGGAUUUCAAGUCAGGAGCCACUCGCUUCGUCCUCUCAGGCCACACGCGCUGGGUCAAUAAAGUGACCUUCUCGCCCAACAACCAGCAACUAGCAUCGGCUUCUAUGGAUGAGACCGUCCGACUGUGGAACCUCACGGAUGGACGCCUGAUGUUUAUCUUGAAGCCGAAUUCUGGCUGUGUCAACUCGGCCGCAUUCUCUGCGGACGGCUGUUAUAUUGCGCUAGGGACGGCUGAGUCGUCUGUCCAGAUAUGGAAUCUGAGCAGGAAAGACCUUCACAUGAAGUUUGUGGGCCACACAGAACACAUUAAUUCUGUUCAGUUCUCGCCGGACGGCAAGUAUCUUGCCUCUGGCUCCAGUGACAGGACGGUCCGCACAUGGGACACUGCGACUGGAGUACAACACUUGAUCUUGAGCGGCCACGAGAAGACAGUCUGGGCCGUAGCUUAUUCUCCAAAUGGCUUCUACAUGGCCUCCGGCUCCGGCGAUGCGACUAUCAAAGUAUGGGAUAGCACCACUGGCAGUAUUCUCAAGACCCUGACUGGCCACACCAGUGGUAUCAGCGCCCUUGCAUUCUCGCCCGAUGACCGACUUUUGGCCGCCGGACUAUUCAAUGACGAGGUCUGGCUUUGGAAUACCGACGCUUGGAGAUCGCGCGGCCAGCUCGCUGACUUUGACUACGACGGCGAGCUCGACCGUCUGUCAACCGCUGAGGUAGCGCACAAGGACGGCGUGACUAUGCUUGCGUAUUCGCCAGAAGCCGCCUUGCUGAUCUCGGCAUCAAAGGACACCACCCUCAAGGUUUGGUCGGCCACUGGCAGACAGCAGUGUCAUUUAUUGGGUCACACCGAUAGCAUCACUCAUGUCACCUUUUCUCCAGAAGGCGACGUCGUCGCUUCGUCAUCAUUGGAUGCCACCGCAAAGAUCUGGAGCCCGGCUACAGGUUUAGUCCUGCACACUCUACAAGGUCAUGCGGAUACUGUUCGUGUGGUGCGCUUCUCUCGGGACGGCCGCAUGCUUGCUUCGUGCUCGGCUGAUGGGAGCAUCAUCCUUUGGGACGUUGCGAGCGGAGCUGCGAUACGCACGCUUACCGGCCAUACUGAUGCUGUGAACGACAUUGUCUUCUCACCCGAUGAUCGUCCGGUUAUUGCAUCAUGUUCGUCCGACAUGACUAUAUGCCUCUGGGACUAUCAAACAGGCGCAAAACUCUUCGGAGGACAAACCAUCCGAGCUCACCACGAAUCGGUGGACUGCAUUUCGUUUUCACCAGAUGGCAAGCUGCUGGUAUCUGGUUCCAUGGACAAAGAAAUACGAAUGUGGAACACUGUCGGAACAUCGCUCAGUCUUCUCAAAGGCCACGAGUCCCGCGUCACUGCCGUUGCAUUUUCCACGGACACCAAGAAAAUUGUCUCCAGUGCCGAAGACGGCAACAUCAUCAUCUGGGACGCCCAAGCAGCCACACAAUUGGCGGUGGUCUCCGUCGGCGUUGCACUCUACCAUGUUGCCUUCUCUGCUUGCAACCGCUACAUCGAAACAGAUCGAGGCUCGUUGGAGAUAGGCUCGGAAUCGUCGCGGAUACAGACUCCAGCUUCAGCGAAUGCACAGACGUCAUUCGUUGGCAAAGAUUGGGUGAGACGUGGUCGCGAAGACUCUCUGUUACUCCCGGCGGAUGGCUACGCUGCAACGAGCGCCGUCACGUUCGGAGACACUGUCGUGCUUGGUCACGCGAACGGCGCAGUCUCCUUCAUCGACUUCUGA